AUUACAAUGGCGGGAAAUAGUGUGCCCUUAGGAGGGAAAUUUUGGAUUCUCUUUUCUUCUCUGUGAGAUUUGACCCGAUUCAUAUUCGACGUACCCGAUAAUGGCGGAUAUCGAAACCCUAGGCAUCGUCGAUGAGAUUCAAGCUCUUGUAUCAGACAAACUUCAAGUGGUUUCGUACAAGUGGCUGAGUCGAAAUUUUUUGGUGUCAUCAAAUUCUGCAAAGAGGUUGCUUCAGGAAUUUGUUGAAAAGCAUGGAAAUGGUGUUGAAGUGGUCUACAGCUUGUCUGGCUGGUUGAAAGAUAGCCCUUCAACCUACCAUAUAAGACUUGUCACUUCUGCUAACCUCGCAGAAGCCAAGAAAGAAUUUUCAGAUGAUUGCUCAGUCCAGGUCUAUAGCGUGCAAGCUUGCAUCCCAAAGGAUCCAGUGGCCCUCUGGAAUUCUGAAUUUGUCCAGGCCGAAGAGCUAUUUAGGCAGUCCCUCUCAGCUGAUAAUUGUUUGCUCGAUAAUAGGUUUUGUGGAGUUUCAAAUCCUUUCAUCACGCGCAACGGUGGAGGAACAAUUCCAAGCACUAAUGCUGUUCCUCAGGUGAAAAGUGAAGCAUCAGGACUUCGUAAUAGUAACUCUACUGCUCAAGUGAAACCUGAGCAGAAAAAGGUUCAACUACCAAGUCCUAGUGCCAGUGUACCAUCUUCACAUGUGGUUGAUGCCAAAAGUGAGAGUCGUGGCGCAUCAGGUCCUGGAGAGGGUAGUAAGUUUGUCGCAGAUAAACACAAAGUUGCUCAACUUCCACCUGCUAAGAAGGCAGUUCAGUCUGAGAAAAGUUCUAAAAAUGGUGGGGCAUUGGCUAAUAUGUGGGGUCGCAUACCUACAAAGCCAAAAGUUGAUAUUGUUUCUGCUGCUAGCAGUGAUGCCACACCAAAUCCUGUUGGUAAUGCGGCUCAGAUAUGUACUCCAGAAGGAAUAGAAGAUAGGAUCAGUGAUGACGAUGAUCAACAAGUCAGCAUCAGGAGGACAUCAAAUGGUGAGGGGAAUAGAAAAAGGAGGGUAAUUUUUGAUUUUUCAGAUGAAGAAGAUGAAUUCAAGGACGCUGUCAACCUAGCCUCACCUGAACCUCCAAAGCAGAAAUCUAUUUUAGGAUCAAAACAAACUCCUAGUACUCCAGAACUGGAAAAGCGGGAAGUCAAGAAAGCAAAGGACAGCAAGAGUCAUGAGCAAGAAACAAUGGAGGCUGGCAGCAAGAGUCCUGAGCAAGAAACAUUCUCGAAAAAGAGUCCCGAGCAAGAAACAUUCUCAAAAAGGAGUCAUGAGCAAGAAAGAAAACCUUUACCUACCAGCGAAUGUAAGUCUUCUAAGUUGCAUUCUUCUGAGAUUAUUCCAGAACAUGCCAGUCCUAAGAAUGCCGCUGUAAAGGAUGAAGUCACCAAUGCUGCUCCAACUUCUCCUAAAAGAAGAAAAGUAAUGAAGACACGAAUUGAUGAACGUGGAAGAGAAGUGACCGAGGUUGUUUGGGAAGGUGAAGAUACAGAAACAAAGGCUGACAGUAAUACAAUGAAGAAAGCUGACAACAAUCCAGUUAAUAGUACUGGUGACAGAGCACCUAUGGCUAAGAAGUCUCCCGCUCUGGGAAGUACUGCACCUACAAAUCAAGCCAAUAAAGCAGGAAACAAGAAAGCAGGAAAUAAGGAUCCUAAACAAGGAAAUAUCCUAUCAUUUUUUAAGAAGAAGGCUUAGAGAUGUGAUUACCAAAAGGUAAUCGAACUUUAGACUGAUUCGCGUAUGCAUAGCUUUUUUAGGGCGUAGUUUGGAUCACUUUCUUGUAUGCGUGAAGUCCCUGGUAGAGGAAAGGGCUGUAGGUGAUGGCGCGUUCUGCUUCUUAUCUAGAGAGGGGUGUUCAACCACUUGAUUGUAAGGAGCGUACCCUGUUGCCGCAUGACUUGUGACAUUUCAUUGUUUGUAAAGUUGCAGAUUUUACUUAAUGCUCAAACUUACAGAAGUUAAUGUGGUGCAUCUCUUCUUUCCUUUA